AUGAUUGCUAAAGAUUUAGACAUUUAUGACAAUAUGAACAAUGAUGAUUUGUUACAAAUAGAUGAAGCAGAAGAAGUUAAAACGAAUGACAAUACAUUAGCAUUAGCAAUUCCUGAACUAUUAACACAGUUUGAUGGUUCACGUCAUAUAGAAGUUGUUGCAUAUGAAAUGUUUCCAAAGUUAUUCCUUCAAAAAUUCAAUAGAAAAAAGCUAAGUUAUGAUCAAAAGCAAAAGUUAAAUCAUGCUUUAUAUGCAGAGUCUACCUGGAAAAUAGAUCGAAAUA